AUGUCCCAAAAAGCCUGUUACGUUUGUGGUAAGAUUGGUCACUUAGCCGAAGACUGUGAUUCCGAAAGACUGUGUUACAACUGUAACAAGCCAGGUCACGUUCAAACAGACUGUACCAUGCCAAGAACUGUCGAGUUCAAGCAAUGUUACAACUGUGGUGAAACUGGCCACGUCAGAAGCGAAUGUGCUGUACAACGUUGUUUCAACUGUAACCAAACCGGUCACAUCUCCAAGGAGUGCCCUGAGCCAAAGAAGGCCACUAGGUUCUCCAAGGUUUCGUGUUACAAAUGUGGCGGUCCAAACCACAUGGCUAAGGACUGUAUGAAGGAAGAUGGCGCGAGCGGUUUGAAAUGUUACACCUGUGGUCAAGCCGGCCACAUGUCCAGAGACUGUCAAAAUGACAGACUUUGCUACAACUGUAACGAAACCGGCCAUAUCUCAAAGGAUUGUUCAAAGGUUUAG